AUGAACGCAGGCAUCCAGAACGAAGAGCAACGCCGACCUUCCUCCGGUAGCAUGCGGAGAGACGUCGAACGAGCACGCCGUCGGUCCAGCAUCCGCAUGAACCUCAACCUCAAUGAUCCAGCUGUGCCUGCUCCUGGUGAGAUGCAGCGCAGCCCAUCGUCCCGUAGUAGGGGCCCAUGGCCGCAUAGCCCGCACCAUGAGCGCACACCAAGUCUAGGCGAGCUGCAUCAAGAGCUGGAGUAUGAACAGGAGGGGCAGGUGAACCGUCUCCUCAACAUGAUCCGCCAACAGCAAACUCAGAUCGAUACCUUAACAGCUGGUCAGCAACAGCCCUCCAACUUUGCGGUCGAUGAUAGCACGCCCACCUCUGAGCGCUCAAUGUCAUUUUCAAGAUCUCAGUCACAGGCUGCGCAUGUUCCGUCAUCUACAAUAUCGCCCCUUCCUAGCGGCGCACAACCUCGCUCUCGAUCACCUUUCAACAUCAGUCGCCAGUCAUCAUUCGCAGACCGCUCAAGGGGCGGCAGCCACGCCGGUUCGCCAGCCCUACGCCCAUUCCCAGGCGCACCCCAUGACGUCCACGAGAUGCUGCCUAGCCCAGCAACAGGGCGGGACGAGAGCGCUUUCUACCAGGCGGAGACCCAGAACUUGACACGAGAAAAUCAGAUGCUGAAGCUGAGGAUUAGGGAGCUCGAACGCCAGCUCGCAGAAAUGAAUCCUAUUAGUCAAGUCACGCACUCUCCAGCGAUCCACUCAGGCCUCACUCCUGCAGCCAGCCGCGACAGCGCUGAGCAAAGCACCGCGCCUGCACCAACCUCGAAUCCGGUGGCAUCAGUGGAAUAG